ACUAAUGUUUACUCAAUCCGAAUAGCAAAAACCCGACGAUCAUCAUGAUGAUGAUGAUUACCAAUUUUAUUUUCUUUUCUUUUCAAUUAAUUAAUUAAUUAAAUUGAAAGCCAGCACAGGCGAAGUUCCCAGUUCAGACCAAAUUCCCAACAGCAUCUCCCCCGCCUCCUACCCGACGCGAAUUCCUCAACCAUCAAUUCCACGCCUUCAAUCUGUUACUCAAUUGCGGAUUUCAGAUAACUUCAUUUCAAUUUCUUGUCCAAUUCAGGAACCCUAAUUUUUUUCGAUUUGGGAAUUUUUUGAUGAAGAAGCUCAAGAACUACUACCUGCAGUUGAAAAAUCCCCAGUCGAUGGAACGGAAAUGGAUCUUCCCUCUGGCCAUUGGUUCCGUCGUUUCUCUUUUCCUGCUUUUCUUAACCACUUUGAACUCCCUCGACGGCAUGCCGCUCUUCCCGCUCCGCCGCUACUACUACUCCGCCGCCGUCUCCUCCUCCGCCGCCUCCAUCUACGUCGAGGCGAAGCUCAGGCCACUCCCGAUUUCCGAUUUGCCUCCGCCGCCGCGAUUGGCAUACUUGAUUUCUGGAUCGGCCGGAGACGGCCCGAUGCUCCGCCGCACGCUUGAGGCUCUCUACCAUCCGAUCAAUCAGUACGUCGUGCACCUCGACGCAGAGUCCUCCGCCGAUGAGAGGCUCGAUCUGUACAAUUACGUCACCGGUCACCCCAUUUUUCGAAGGUUCGAGAAUGUUCGGAUGAUUACGAAGGCUAAUUUGGUUACUUACCGAGGUCCGACUAUGGUGACCAACACAUUGCACGCAGCUGCCAUUUUGUUGAAGGAAGGUGGGAUUUGGGAUUGGUUCAUCAAUCUCAGCGCAUCAGAUUAUCCUCUGGUUACUCAAGAUGAUCUGCUGCAUACGUUCUCAUACUUGCCGAGGGAUCUUAAUUUCAUUGAUCAUACGAGUGACAUUGGCUGGAAGGAGUUCCAAAGGGCGAAGCCGAUCAUCAUUGAUCCGGGAUUGUACAUGACCAAAAAAUCUGAUGUGUUUUGGAUCACACAACGACGAAGUGUCCCAACUGCAUUUAAGCUGUUUACAGGAUCUGCUUGGAUGGCGCUCUCGAGGCCCUUCAUCGACUACUGCAUAUGGGGAUGGGACAACCUACCCCGAACGGUCCUAAUGUACUAUGCGAACUUCUUAUCCUCGCCCGAAGGCUACUUCCACACCGUCGUCUGUAACGCUCCCGAGUUUCGCAACACCACGGUGAACAGCGAUCUGCAUUUCAUCUCAUGGGACAACCCUCCCAAGCAACAUCCUCACUACCUCACUGUCGACGACAUGCAAAGAAUGGUCGACAGCAAUGCCCCGUUCGCUAGAAAGUUCCAUCACGACGACCCGGUUCUGGACAGGAUCGACGCAGAACUUCUGGGUCGCGGUCAGGGCAUGUUAGUUCCCGGUGGAUGGUGCGCGGGAAGUCGGGAAAAUGGGACCGACCCUUGCUCUGUUGUGGGUAAUACGACGGUUCUCGUUCCCGCCGCCGGCGCUAAGCGACUCGAGAAUCUCGUAAGCUUUCUUUUGUCGGAUACUAACUUCAAACCCCGGCAAUGCAAAUAGGAAAAUCUUGCCGCGGAUGGCUAAUUUGUCUGAGGUUUCUGUUAGAGGAAAAGGGAAGUCAACGGCAUGAUCCGAAUUGUUGUUAUUACAAGAGUACUACCCGGAGUUUAUCGGGGUUCCACAAUUUUCAGCUCCAAGGUAUUACGGUGAAAGUUCACUGAUUGUAUACUUUGAUCCGUUACUGAUUCAACCGUUAUGUCGACGAUAGAAUAGCGAGCGAUCUGGCCCGUGAAAUUUUACGAAACGAGAUUUUGUUUAUGCGGUCUUAUGUUAUACUAGGUUGUAUCGUCUUCGAUGUCUGUUUCUUGUAGCGUAGUU